GGGUUCUGGAUACUUGUGAAUUUUAAUGAUAUGUAUAUAGUUGUGGAAUUUACUGAAACAAAAACAGUAAACAUUAUAUCAGACUCGUGGUUUGAAGAUGGUGUGACUUGGUGGCCAAACUACAAAAGUGAUGAACGCAUUAAUAGAGCUGUCCAAAAACGGGAAGAUCCAGGACCAGACUGGAAACAGUAUGAUGUUCGAGUCCUCUUAAGAGCAGGUGACUACAUGAAGGCAAAAGAAAAGCUGAGGGUUUCACUGAUCUGUAACACGUCAGAGUUACAAACUGAUGACGAGGAAAAAGUAAUUAUGAGGAAAAGAAAAAGUAAGCCAAGGAUCAUUUUUGGUGUUACAGACUCUGACAGUGAGGCAGAUGAGGGGAACAAGAGAAGACGCACCUCCACUCCAUUGCCUCCUAUUCCUCCACCCACUCUCAAUGUAGUUUGCCAGACCACUACUAGACCUCUGCCAGGCCAGAGGCAUACUACAGCUCCUGCACCACUUGUCCCUAGCCCUCCACCUUACAUGCUUCCAAGUCCUCCACACCACUUCUCUGCUGGACAUCGUCCAGAUUUGAGGAAGCAAUCUGACCGUGGUUGUGACACAGCUCCAAUGUCACUGGUUGACACCCUUACGCGUCUACCCUCAAGUCCUGUGUGCCGGAUCUCUGCCACCCCUCUGUCAGAAAAUGGCCAAGACCACCUUUUCGUCCCUAGCUUUAGACUGGGGAAGACCGGCACUGGACCUGUUCCUUGCUCUGGUAAAAUCCAAUGCGUGAAAGACGGUGGGGCCCCCUGCAAACUCUGUUUAGAAACAUGCGUUGAAAUGGGCAUGCCAGGCCCGUAA